AUGGCACACCGUGCCGCAAUAGCUCAGCUUCGGGCUCAACGCCUCUCUGGCAAGACACGGCUUGAAACGUACCAGAUCGAGGACCAAGGUGCCAUCUACGACGAGGUCGAUGAAGAUGGUUACAAGAAGGUUGUCCGCAGUCGUCUCGACAAGGACGACUUCGUUGUAGACGACAACGGCGAGGGUUACGCAGACGACGGUCGCGAGGAAUGGCAACACGAACGGCAGUACUUCAGCAGUGACGACAACGAAGACGUCCCUCUGAAAGGCAAAGCGGCCAAACGAAAGCGUGAGGAGGACCGUGAGAAAGAUGAACGUACCAACCACAAGAUCUUAAACUACUUCAACAACCCUCCCGUUGCAGCUUCGAAGCCCAAGGUUCAAACUACCGCCGAGGACGAGGCUUUCAUGGCUGACUUGCUCGGCGAAGUCGAUGCCAAUAUCCUGCCUGCCCGUGCAUACACGAAGAAGCCUGUCAAAUCCGAGCAUCGCCGUAAAGUUAGGGUGCUAUCUCCACCUCUGACCCAAGAACGACCUCGACCAAAGUACCAGGUUCUGCCCACAGACCUGGUGAAUACCCCUCCUCAGCAAGCUACAUCCGGUGAAGAUGACAACAUGCCCAACUUCGAUGACGAGGACAAUAUCAUGAGUGAUCCUCUACCUUCCUCCCCCGUGGUUAAAGCUAUCGAACGCAAGGCAAAGGUGAACAUCAAAGAGGAGGACGAGGAUGACGAGGAUGUGAUGGACGUUGCGCAAGUCAUUGCUCAUGAAGGAGCUCAAACUGCCAGCGUCAAUAUGACUGGCAGCCGGCCUCCGCCCAAGAUCAAGGCCGCACAACUGCCCACACCUUACAAUUCAUCCCCUCCGCUCCCCGCCGUUAAUGACGUGGACGCAUCAUCAUGGAAUAAGAUCACCAGCAAGCUCAAUGUCCAGAGCAGCCCAUCCACGGACAGUUAUAUCUUUGGCAAAAUGAAACCUCAGGACGCUCUCGAGGAUAAUGGCAGCCUUCGUUUCUUCUGGCUUGACUAUACCGAGGUCAAUGGCAGUCUAUGCCUGUUCGGCAAGGUCAAGCACAGGUCCACUGGACGAUACCUCAGUGCAUUCGUCAAGGUGGACAAUAUCCUUCGGAAACUCUUCUUUCUCCCGAGGAGCCAUAGACUUGUCAAUGGCCGUCAGUCGGAUGAGAAGGUCGAGAUGGACGAUGUCUUUGCGGAAGUGGAUGCCAUGAUGUCCAAAAUGAAGGUUACCACGAGAAAAGUCAAGCCUUGUACCAGAAAAUAUGCGUUCGAACUCCCCGACGUCCCAAAGGAAGGGAACUACCUCAAACUGCUCUACCCCUACGAGAAUAGCGCUUUGCCCAUGGAUUUGCAAGGAGAGACGUUCUCGCGGGUUUUUGGCACUAACACCGCUUUGUUUGAGCAAUUCGUUCUGUGGAAGAAUAUCAUGGGUCCAUGUUGGCUGAAUAUCGAGGAUGCAGACUUCACCGCCGUCAACAACGCCUCCUGGUGCAAGCUUGAGUGUGCCGUGACCAGGCCCACGAACAUCGCAGUCCUCAACGAUUCUGACAGCCUCGAGACUCCACGACUGACUCUAAUGUCGCUCGCUUUCCGGACUCAGCUCAAUGUGAAAGAGAACAAACAGGAAAUCUUGGUUGCAAGUGCUAGAGUCUAUGAAAAUGUAUCGUUGACCGACACCACGCCGCCAGAAAAGAUGCCCUCGAGGACGUUUACGGUGAUGAGGCCAUCGGGAUCAUCUUACCCGCUAGGAUUUGAAGCCGAAACUAAGAAGCAGAAUGGUACAUUCAUGCUCGAGAAGAGUGAGCAGUUUCUGCUCAGCAAAUUCCUUGCUCUAUUUGAGAAGGUGGAUCCGGAUGUCUUGAUGGGCCACCAACUGCAAGAGGUCGAUUACAGCAUUCUUCUCAGCCGCCUCAAGGAGAAGAAGACCCCUGGCUGGCAUCGAAUUGGCCGGUUGAAGCGAGGCGAAUGGCCAAAGACAUUCGGCAAGGGCGGCUCUUCGUUCUUUGCCGAGCGGCAGCUUCUCGCCGGACGACUCAUGUGUGACCUGGCAAACGACAUGGGCAAGUCAUUGAUGACCAAAUGUCAACAAUGGAGCUUGACUGAGAUGUGUGACCUCUAUCUGGGGCCAGACAACCCGAGACGCGACCUCGACAACGAGUCAGCGUUGAAAACCUGGGCGACUACUCGCGACGGUCUACUCAACUAUGUCAACCACUGCCAUGCCGAUACGUUUUUUAUCGCCGCGCUCGCAUUGAAGCUGCAAAUGCUGCCUUUGACCAAGGUUCUGACCGAGCUUGCCGGGAACUCAUGGGGACGCACCUUGAGCGGUACGAGGGCAGAACGAAACGAGUAUAUCUUGCUUCACGAAUUCUACCGCAACAAAUAUAUAUGUCCCGACAAGGAGUACCGCAAAGGACGCGCCAAACAGGCAGAGGAGAACGAGGACGGCGACGAGGGCGCUGAUACGAAGAAGAAAGACAAAUAUAAAGGUGGUCUUGUGUUUGAACCCGAAAAAGGCCUCUAUGACAAGUUCAUCCUGGUAAUGGACUUCAACAGUCUGUAUCCGAGCAUCAUCCAGGAGUACAACAUCUGUUUCACCACCGUCGACAGAUCAACGACAUCAGAGAACGAAAACGAGGAAAAAGUGCCCGAGGUCCCAGUCGAACAGGCCCAGGGAAUCUUGCCGAAGCUCAUUUCCACUCUCGUCAUGCGUCGUCGUGAAGUCAAAAAGUUGAUGAAAGACAAACGAGCAACAGUUGAAGAAAUGGCUCUCUGGGAUACCAAACAACUCGCGCUCAAGUUGACGGCCAACUCCAUGUACGGCUGCUUGGGUUAUACUCAGUCACGGUUUUAUGCCAGACCACUCGCCAUGCUCAUCACUUUCAAAGGCAGAGAGAUCCUGAGAAGCACCAAGGAACUGGCGGAGGGGAAUCAGCUUCAAGUCAUUUACGGUGACACCGACUCCGUCAUGAUCAACACGAACGCAGACAACAUUGCCCAGGCCUUAAGUGUGGGUGUUGAAUUCAAACGAUCGGUAAACGAACGGUACAAAUUGCUGGAGAUUGACAUUGAUAAUAUUUUCCGACGCUUGUUGCUCCACGCGAAGAAAAAGUACGCGGCCAUCAACAUGGCGGAAGUUGACGGCAAAUAUGUUGAGAAACUUGAAGUCAAAGGUCUUGACAUGAAGAGAAGAGAAUAUUGCGCUCUGUCUAAGGAGGCCUCCCAAAGGCUUCUCAAUGAAAUCCUCUCUGGAGAGGACCCGGAACUGGUGCUGGAGAAGAUCCACGAGUACUUGCGGGAAUUGGCCGACAAGAUGAGAGAAAAUGCCAUCCCAGUGCAGAAAUAUGUAAUCUACACAAAACUCGGGAAAAAUCCUAAAGAAUAUCCCAACGCCGAUUCGAUGCCUCAGGUCCAAGUCGCGCUUCGCGAGAUCACUCGAGGCAAGACUGUUCGAGUCAACGACGUCAUGUCAUACAUUGUUACUAUGGGAGACGAGCAGACGAAAGGCUUACCAGCGCCCAAACGAUCAUACACGCCUCAAGAUGUACAGAAGCCGGACUCUGGGCUUGUGCCAGAUGUCGAGUAUUAUCUCUACAAGCAGAUCUUCCCACCCAUCGAACGUCUAUGCGCUCCCAUUCCUGGCACAGAUUCGGUCAGACUGGCGGAGUGCCUGGGACUGGACGUCCGCAAAUAUCAAAUCAACACUUCUGGCGGUACAAACCAGCAGAACAGCGAGAUAUUUCCCCUCGAGUCACAAAUCCCAGACAGUGAGCGAUUUCGGGAGGCUGCUCGGCUGAGUCUCUUGUGCCGAGCAUGCAGCAAAACAACCGUGUAUGAAGGCCUUUGUGAUUCGGCAGAUGUGUGCACGCCGGAAGGGAUUUUGUGCAGCAAUACUGAAUGCCAGAAGGUCUUCUCUACAAUGGCCAUUGUGAUUCAAUUGGAGGCGCAGAUCCGUAUACAGACCUCGGCCUACUAUGAGGGCUGGCUCGUCUGCGACGAUUCAUCUUGCGGAAACCGGACGAGACAAAUGUCCGUCUAUGGCCAUCGAUGCCUGGGUCCAAGCGGACGGGCCGAGGGCUGUCUGGGCCGGAUGAGCUAUGAGUACACGGAGAAGAAGCUGUACAACCAACUGUUAUACUUUGCCGGCCUAUUUGAUGUGGAAAAGGCCAAGAAUAAAGCUCGGUCGGAGAAGGAGUAUGUCGAGAAGAAGGACCGGGUGAUUGUGCUGGCCGAGACGAACAAGGAACGAUUUGAAGGAGUCAAGGCCGUUGUGGACGGUUACUUGAGGAAAUGUGGGCGACAAUGGGUUGAGAUGGACGCUUUGUUCAAGUUUGCAUUGAAGUAA